ACGAACAAAGUUGGGGUUUUAGCGUAAUCAUCGUCUACCUGAAUCGAAACCCUAGCUGUUCUUCUUCUCAGAAUCCCUCAAUUUCGCUCCGAAGCCAAUGAGAAUGGAAAGAAAUGGAGAUAUUCUCUUCUCUUCAUCGCCUUCUCUCAAAAUCCCUUCGACUUCUCAAGAGCGGUCUUUCCUCGAAAACCUCGGAUCCUGCUCCAAAACCUUAUUCUCUGAGCUCUCUAGAACUCGUCACUCGCUCACUCGACUAGUUGACUCGGUUAAGCAUCGCCACAAUUCUGCCCAACUCUGCCAAACCCGACCCAAGCGUUGGCCUGACUCACCGACUUGGAUGCUCAGCUCAGUCACUGGGCUUCUGACUGGGAAGUCGCGGCUCUUCAACUCGAUUUCGUUCUCGCUUAACCAAUCCGCUCAGUCUAGUGAGUCCGAUUCACGGGUUGAGAAUUACGGGAUAGCCCCCGGGACACAAUCUCCUAUGCUUUGCUUCGCCUCACUGUCUCUAACUCCACCUGUCCAGUCGACUCAGUCCGGGUCUGACGCGAAGGAAACAUCACAGCAACAGCAGCAGCAACAAGUACCUCAUAAAGGCCACUCAGUGAGCCGGAAUGCGGAGGAGCGAGUUCUGAUAAGCGAGGUCUUAGUGAGAACGAAAGAUGGUGAAGAACUCGAGAGGAAGGAUUUGGAAACGGAGGCAUUGGCUGCGUUGAAGGCAUCUCGAGCAAAUUCUGCCUUAACCAUUCGCGAGGUCCAAGAGGAUGUACACAGAAUCAUAGAAAGUGGGUACUUCUGCUCUUGUACUCCUAUUGCUGUUGAUACACGGGACGGCAUUAGAUUGGUGUUUCAGGUAGAACCAAACCAGGAGUUUCAUGGGUUGGUUUGUGAGGGGGCAAAUGUUCUUCCUGCAAAGUUUCUACAAGACGCAUUCCAAGAUGGAUAUGGAAAAGUGAUUAACAUUAAGAGGCUGGAGGAAGCUAUUACAUCCAUCAAUGGCUGGUACAUGGAGCGUGGUCUUUUUGGGAUUGUUUCGGAUAUUGACACACUUUCUGGAGGCAUAAUAAGGCUUCAAGUGGCUGAAGCAGAGGUUAACAACGUAUCCAUCCGUUUCCUUGAUCGUAAAACCGGUGAACCAACCCGAGGGAAGACAAGGCCUGAGACAAUACUACGACAACUUACAACUAAGAAGGGGCAGGUCUACAGCAUGCUUCAAGGGAAGAGGGAUGUCGACACUGUCUUAACCAUGGGAAUCAUGGAAGAUGUUAGUAUUAUUCCUCAACCUGCAGGAGAUACUGGGAAAGUUGAUUUGAUCAUGAACUGUGUCGAACGUCCCAGUGGAGGCUUUUCUGCUGGUGGUGGGAUAUCAAGUGGGAUUACAAGUGGCCCCUUAUCUGGACUCAUUGGAAGCUUUGCAUAUUCUCACAGAAACCUUUUUGGAAGAAACCAGAAACUAAAUAUUUCCCUGGAGAGGGGUCAAAUCGAUUCCAUAUUUCGUGUAAACUACACAGAUCCAUGGAUUGAAGGAGAUGACAAGAGGACAUCGAGAUCUAUCAUGGUUCAGAAUUCACGAACACCCGGGACUCUCGUUCAUGGCAACCAACCGGACAAUAGUAGUCUUACCAUUGGGCGUGUAACUGCUGGUAUAGAGUACAGUCGACCAUUUAGGCCAAAGUGGAGUGGUACUGCUGGACUUAUUUUUCAGCAUGCUGGUGUUCGUGAUGAGAAAGGAAAUCCGAUUAUUAAGGACUUCUACAGCAGCCCCCUAACCGCAAGUGGUAAGACCCAUGACGAUACAUUGCUAGCUAAAUUCGAAAGCAUCUACACAGGCUCUGGUGAUCAUGGAUCAACAAUGUUUGCGUUCAACAUGGAACAAGGGCUUCCAGUUUUCCCCGAAUGGCUGUUUUUCAACAGAGUGAAUACUCGUGCCAGAAAAGGCAUAGACAUUGGCCCUGCUCGUUUUCUUCUUAGCCUGUCCGGUGGACAUGUUGUGGGCAACUUUUCACCUCAUGAAGCAUUCGCCAUUGGUGGAACAAACAGUGUAAGAGGUUAUGAAGAGGGUGCUGUGGGAUCUGGUCGGUCCUAUGUCGUUGGCUCGGGCGAGAUUUCUUUCCCAGUGCGAGGUCCUGUUGAUGGCGUCGUUUUCGCGGAUUAUGGUACUGACCUUGGAUCAGGCAACACUGUUCCAGGCGAUCCUGCUGGGGCAAGAUUGAAGCCAGGAAGCGGGUAUGGGUACGGAUUCGGGGUUCGCGUGGAUUCGCCUUUAGGGCCGCUACGUCUGGAAUACGCCUUCAACGAUCAGCAGACCGGCAGGUUUCACUUCGGUGUCGGUUACAGGAACUAAACUUACCGUUGUUCCGGUGAGAUUUUUUUUAUCCUUAAAACGAUUGAUGCGGGAAAUAGAUUUGUCUUUUAGUAUCGUUGAGAUUUAAAUAGAAUGUUUCAGCACAAAUUCAUGUGUUUGCGUAUAGAGUUCAAUGAUUAUAAAAUCCAAGAAUAUUGUGACAUGGAGCUAAGCGAUUGCGAAUC